AUGCUUAGCGAGUCCAACCUCUCUGCAACUCACCGAGUCCUGCUGGGAGAUCUCCCUGAGUUUGGUUACCUAUAUUUCGAUGGAUAUAUUGCGGCAAAAUGGGACCCGGACUCCCCUCUCACAAAGGAACAACAAAAGCGAUCUCUCGUUGAAUCUUGGACUAGGCUUGGCAAAUACGGCCGCAAUGAGUAUACUGACGAGGAUAUAUUAUGGCCAAUCGACGGACACCCCUCUUAUAUCCCACAAGACCUUCUAUCAGAAAAUGACCGCAAGGUGGACGGUCAGAUAAGUAGCACACUCUGGAUCCGAACCUGGUUCGGGAAGAAAGACAACAAGGCGAGCCAGGACGCAGCCGACGCGGCGUAUAAACGGCUAGUCACUGCUGCUAUGUGGGACGGCGAUGAGACCGGACCUCGGUAUGCAAUAGAGCCGGAAUUUGUCUUCGAUGCGAAGGAAGAAUUAGGCCAUGAUAGUUACACAACUACCGAUGAGAAUGGAGAUAUGAACCCCGAUGUCGUCGAUGGCAUUGCCCUUGGGACGCCGGGCUCUGUCCCAUCCUACUUGAUCACAGCGUUGAUGCACUGUCCCGGUCAAUUUGAUGGCAACUCAGACCCGAGAUAUGAUGAAUGGCGCCAUUUUUCUCCGAGUCAGAUUCAAGCUGAGAUACCUUUCGAUGAUAAGAGGCAGAGUCUAAUGGUCUGUGUUGCAGAUCGGAUGGCUUGCGAGGAUGGAUGGGUGCUUUUCCUUGCUAUUAAUCAUCGAGGGCAGAUUUUGCCAUUUCGGAUUCGUGAUAGGGCGAGUUGGGUGAUGCAAUAUGAGGCAAAUUGGAUGGAUGGCCAGGCUCUAGAGGAGAAUACGUUUAAUCCUGAUGAUGAUGUAGAGUGUCUGAUGCAUGAUGGGGAUGGAUGGGGACCACUUUAG